AUGUGCGACGGAGCGCGUUUUUUUCGUCGUUUCUUCGGUCACGCGUUUAAUUAUAAAUUCGCGGCCACGCGCGGCAAUUCAUAUUUUUGUUUUCUUUUGCGUGCUUCAUUUCAGAAUUGUAACUUUACUAUUCAAGUUGGUGGCUUUUAAAUUGUUGAUCUGGAAUUGUUUAGCAAAAUUAGUACUUAUUUUUCAGAUGUCAAUCGAUUGGAACACUCUCAGUGAAAAUGAAAGAAGAAAAGUUCUUCAAAAAGGCCAAAUGGAAUUGGAUGAUCUGAAAAGAAAAAUAGAUGAGAAACAAAAACAAUUGUGCGAAAAACGAGCAACUAUUCCGGAAAUAUGUAAACAGUCAUUUAUAGAAGAAAAGGUGACUUUAUUAGGCCAUGCUGUAAGUGUUUCAUUUCUUUGAGCAAAAAAAUCGAAUAAUAUCACCACGAUUUCAGAUAGAAGGAGAAUUGCCAAUUGUGCAUUCAAAUAAACCAAGUCUCGAUGCUCAAACUGUUAUUGGAGAAAUUCAAAAUCGGCUCAAAGCAGACGAAUACAAUUUGGAAACCGAAAACGCACUGAAAGAACACAUCGCAAAGGCUGAAAAAGAAAUCGAAGAAACAAAUCAAAAAUGUCUCGAAGUCGCUGCGAAUUUGUUGUCGAUGAAAUAUAUUGUAUAA